AGUUGCGCGUCUGGCGAUGGCGAUCAGAGGUCCUGCUGCGCUCUCCGCUGCGCUCUCCCUCCAUUAGCCGUGCUGCGCCGCGCUGCGCCCUCGUUGGUGCCGCUCUCCUGGGUCCUGGGAUCGGCCCCCUUUCCAGGCACGACCCCCUCCCCCGGCCCCUCGGCCAUCCCCCCACUCGGCCGUCUCCGAUCCGGGGCGCGCGUUCCCCCCGGCCCGGCUCUCUCUCUCCCUCCGGGGGCACCCGCUCCCUCACCCCGGCCCGGCCCUCCCCGCGGCGCAGCACGGAGUCUCGGCGUCCCAUGGCGCAACCCACGGCCUCGGCCCAGAAGCUGGUGCGGCCGAUCCGCGCCGUGUGCCGCAUCCUGCAGAUCCCGGAGUCCGACCCCUCCAACCUGCGGCCCUAGAGCGCCCCCGCCGCCCCGGGGGAAAGAGCGCGCCAGCGCGCUGAGCAGAGAGAUCGGGAGAGCGAGCCGUCGCCCGCCGGCCGGGAGGCCCCGGAGCCGGCCCAUGGGGAGCAGGCGCCCGGCGCUGGCCACGACGACCGCCGCCG